UCUCCUCUUGGAUAAAAACCUCUGGCCUCCAAUAUCCCCUGCUUCGCCUCCCCUCGCCCCGUCGUGCCCCACCCAUGGCCACGCCGCUCGUCACCUCCUCCUCCUCCCGCCACGCCCAUGCCUCCUCCACCACCUACGCCUCCCAGCACCUCGCGGCCUCGACCUCCAAGGAGCCCCCGCCGCGCGUGCGGCCCAAGCGCGGGCCCAGCCUCAAGUCGCUCGUCCUCUCCCACGCCGCCGCCGGCCGCAUGCACGACGCCCUCGCGGCCGUGCGGAGCAGCCCGGACGCGUUCCUACACAACGUCGUGAUCCGGGGUUUCGCCGACGCGGGCCUCCCGGAAGCCGCGCUAGCCGCCUACCGCGCCAUGCUGGCCGCCGGGGCGCGGCCCGACCGCUUCACUUUCCCCGUCGUCGUCAAGUGCUGCGCGCGCCUCGGCGCGCUCGAGGAAGGCCGCGCGGCGCAUUCGGCGGCGAUCAGGCUCGGUCUCGUGGGCUCCGAGGUGUACACGGGCAACUCGCUCCUCGCGUUCUACGCGAAGCUCGGCAUGGUGGCGGACGCCGAGAGGGUGUUCGAUGGAAUGCCGGUCAGGGACAUCGUCACCUGGAACUCGAUGGUGGACGGGUACGUGUCGAACGGGCUGGGGGCGCUGGCACUGGACUGCUUCAGGGAGAUGCACGAGGGGCUGCAAGUGCAGCAUGACGGUGUUGGGAUCAUAGCCGCCCUCGCCGCUUGCUGCUUGGACUCAGCGUUGAUGCAAGGGCGGGAGGUCCAUGCCUAUGUGAUCCGGCACGGUCUGGAGCAAGAUGUCAAGGUUGGCACUUCUCUUCUUGACAUGUACUGCAAAUGUGGCGCCAUUGCUUCUGCUGAGGGCAUGUUUGCAACGAUGCCGUCGAGGACCGUCGUGACAUGGAAUUGUAUGAUUGGUGGGUAUGCGCUGAAUGGAUGUCCUGAGGAGGCGUUUGAUUGCUUCGUGCAAAUGAAGGCAGAAGGACACCAGGUGGAAGUUGUCACCGCUAUCAAUUUGCUGGCUGCCUGUGCUCAGACUGAGAGCUCACUGUAUGGAAGGAGCGUUCACGGUUACGUAACUAGGAGUCAGUUUCUUCCUCAUGUUGUGCUUGAGACUGCUCUUCUCGAGAUGUACAGCAAAGUUGGCAAAGUGAAAUCGUCUGAAACGAUAUUUGGUCAGAUGACAAACAAGACUCUGGUAUCAUGGAAUAAUAUGAUCGCUGCCUACAUGUACAAGGAGAUGUAUAAUGAAGCAAUCACAUUGUUCCUGGAGUUACUCAAUCAGCCUCUUUAUCCUGAUUAUUUCACCAUGUCGGCAGUAGUGCCAGCAUUUGUUUUGCUGGGGUUACUGAGGCAGUGCAGGCAAAUGCACAGCUACAUUGUCAGGUUAGAUUACGGAGAGAACACUCUCGUUACGAAUGCAGUUAUGCAUAUGUAUGCUAGGUGUGGUGAUGUUGUGUCCUCAAGGAAGAUAUUUGACAAAAUGGCAGGUAAGGAUGUCAUCUCUUGGAACACAAUAAUAAUGGGGUAUGCGAUUCAUGGCCAGGGGAAAAUUGCAUUGGAGAUGUUCUCUGAGAUGAAAAGUAAUGGCCUGCAACCAAAUGAGAGUACCUUUGUCUCCGUGUUAACUGCUUGCAGUGUCUCGGGCAUGGCAGAUGAAGGCUGGAUUCAGUUCAAUUUGAUGCAACGUGACUAUGGUAUCAUCCCACAGAUUGAGCACUACGGAUGCAUGACUGAUCUUCUGGGUCGGGCAGGUGAUCUUAGAGAGGUGCUGAAAUUCAUUGAAAGUAUACCAAUAACUCCAACAUUCAGGAUAUGGGGUUCCCUAUUGACUGCAAGUAGGAACAGGAAUGAUAUAGAUAUAGCAGAAUAUGCAGCAGAGAGGAUAUUCGAACUAGAGCAUGACAACACAGGUUGCUAUGUUAUUCUUUCUUCCAUGUAUGCUGAUGCUGGGAGAUGGGAGGAUGUGCAACGAAUAAGAUCAUCGAUGAUGGAGAAGGGGUUGCGAAGGACGGAUGCAAGAAGCAUAGUUGAGCUUCAUGGUAGCUCCUGCAGUUUUGUUAACGGAGACAUGACACACCCUCAGAGCAAGACGAUUCAUGAAGUGUCUGACGUUCUGUCGAGAAAGAUUGGAGAAACAGAUUACCCACGAAAUCUGUCUGAUCCAAUCUCUUUGACGUCAAGGAGAACCAUAAUUCCUAACAAGCAUAGUGUCAGGCUGGCUGUUGUCUUCGGUCUGAUAUCAUCUGAGGCUAGAGCUCCAAUUCUUGUCAAGAAGAAUGUGCGAAUAUGCAACCACUGCCAUCAUGCGCUAAAGUUGAUAUCGAAAUAUUCAAGACGAAGGAUUGUUGUUGGCGACACAAAUAUAUACCAUGAAUUCUUGGAUGGCUCUUGUUGCUGUGGCGACUACUGGUGAAUUGAAUGGUUAUGGUUGAUGGCAAGCUUGAAUGCAUCUCAGCAAAAGCAAGAGAACGCCUGUAUGUAUAUACGGUGCCAUGACAAAUUGCAACUGUUUGUCAUAGAUCCAGACCUCACUCAGGGUCUGAAUGAUGCCAUGCUACUGCGGCACUCAAAGAACAUCAUGGUUGCAUUGGCUCCAGGAACAAGGGGUAUGCCUUGCUGCAGGUACCGAAGAUUACACACUGGAUUGGAACAAACAAGCAUCGCCAUUUGGCGUUUGUAAUUGACAAUGACAUGAUGUACAGAGUCAAUUCUUUUGGACUGAAAUUUUUGGAAUUACAGGUAGGUAACUCGGUGUAUACCAUACAUCAUACAAUGAUGAAAUGCAAAACAAAAGUUGCUUUCCAGUCGCA